AUGUCGCAGCAGCAGCAGCAGCAGCAUGCCAGCUUGGUAGCCGCCUUCGUGAUCGACACGAGCGCGUCCAUGUCCCAGAAGACGUCUGACGGCCGGUCCCUACUCGACCACGCCAAGGACAUGGUGGAACAGCUCACGGUCAAGAGCAGGCACACGCCCGCGCACCACGUGCUCCUGACGAACUGCCUCCUCCUCACAACUGAGGAGUGUCCUGCGAACAUCAAGACGUCGUGGGCGGACUGGGGCGACAAGCCGGAGAAGAGGCUGGCGAGGUUUCACGAGCAGCUGAGGAACCUGGAGCCUAGGGGACAGAACGCGGUUGCCCCUUCACUGGGCAAGGCUUUCGAGCUCUUGGGGCAACAUCGCCUAAGCUCGGGAGUGGACACUUGGGGCAAAGGCCGCAGCCCGUGGCGCACCGAGGCGGGUGCAGUGAUCCUCAUCACCGAUGGCAACAACGCCACGGCGGGUAUGACCGCGGACAACGGCAUGGCGAUGGGCAUGGGCAUGGGCAUGCCGACAGCUGCUUCGAUGCUCAGCAUGGAGGCCAUCGGGCAGGGGGCAAGCGGGGCGGUGGGCGGCGAGCUUUGUGGGAAGCCGUACCGAUGGGACCAGCGGCUGUUUACGGUCAUCCUGGGGGGAGCGGGAGGGGGCGGCGAAGGGGGCACGGGGAUGGGAGUUGGUCGGGCGGAUGGGGGGGGUGUGCCGGCGGAGACGGUCAUGGCGUUGAGGAGCGUGUGCGAAGAGACUGGCGGGUGCCUAGCGACCUGGGACGCGGAGGAUGGUCCAAAGCACAAGACCCUGGCUAGUCACGUCAACGAUCUGCUCGGAAACGUGCACAAGAAGAGCGUGGGGAAAAAAACGGGGGGGUCCCUAGCGCCCGGGGCCGGGGGGGAUGGUCAAAAGCACAAGCCCCGGGCUAGUCAGGGUCCCGUGGUGAUGUUUCGCGCGGACGAUUCCCUGGGCGGCGGUGGGGGGCACGCGGAUGAGUACGACGACGAUUUGGACGGGGGCUUCAACGCAAUACACAGGCCUCCGGUGGCGAGAGCCGGCCUCAGCAUGCGGAGUGGCGCUACGUGUAGCUUCUGGCCAAUACCGGAACCGUUUUGGGUGGACCGUACGGUGGACCCUCUUCCGCCACGGCGAGAGGCCCAACCGGAGCUGGUGUUCCGCAAGACCGGUUUGGCGGCGGGGGCAGCGGCGGGUACAGCGACAACGUCGCCAAGGGGGGAUCUCACGCACCCCCGCGAGCGUCGGUUUGGAGAGAGCGGCCGAAUCCCGGACAAGCUGUUGGAGAAGCUAGGGGUCGGUGUAGACCAGUACGAGCUGGAAUGGUGCGGGUCAGGGACGCGUUUGGACAUCCCGCGGUCGGAGACGUGGCAGCUGUUCGUCAAGGAUACGAGCCAGCCUCCCUCUCCUGAUUCCACGCCCCCCCCUGCCUUCGGGCAUCUAAGGGCCAGCCUAACGACGGGUCGACCGUUGAUGAUGGUGCUGCCCUACAACUACGAAGUUCUCAUCCCCCUGCUGCAAGCGCGAGCAAGCACCCUGCAGGCGACGCAAAGCACGGCACCCCCCGCGGCGGGUUCACCAUGGGCCAGGGAUUUCAUGGCGUACAUCAAGGGCGUGCCCACGUACUACCUUCCGUCUCUUCAACGAGUGCUGCAGCCGUUUGGGGUUCAAGCGCUAAUUCCCGGCGAAGGGUUACAAAGCGGGGGAGGAGUGCUGCACCGAAAGGUCACGGAGAAGCUCAACAGCCUCAAGGAGCUCGCCGGCCGGCAGGUGGAGCGGGCCGAUCGCAUCGAGAGGGCUGGUCGUGCGAAGGACCCGGACCAGCGGCAACAGCAACAGCAGGACAACGGCCAGUCUGCGGGGGCCCUUUCUUCUUCAAAGAGCGCUUUGUACUCGAACGCCUUCCAAGUCCCUGUCGGUGAACUCCUGUCUCAGUGGGAAAUCAUGCGCACGCAGCUCUUUGGUACGGGGGGAGCGACAGUCAGCGGUCUCUUUAGCGCCGGACCCGUCGGGCAGCGCCGCCUCUCCCCGCCCCGCCCCACGAUCUCGCCGUCCGAUUCUUCUCACAACGCUGUCGGCGACGGGGCCACGACUAGCGCCGUCGGGAGGGGUGGCAACCAACCGCUGCUGGACCGUCGAGAAUCGUCCCGCAAGCACGAAGAGAUUGCCAGCGGUGCCGUGUCUGGGUUUGUGGGGGAGGGGGGUAAGGCCGUCUUGCGGAGCCCCGUGCUGGCCUCCGUCGCGGAGUCGCUGGCCCCAGCGCGCAGCACUCACGAGAUGAGUGAUUUCAUGACCAAGAUGAAAGGGGUGGAGUUUCCCCGUGACCCAAUGAGAGAACCUGGGCCUGACGAGCACAUGCGGCAGGCUGGGGGGUUCCAGCGGCUGAUGGCCGCAACAACGUUCGAGAGUCCCUUCGCCAAGAAAAAGAAGAAGAAACUGGGCAUCGACUACAGCCCGCUAGAGCUAGACGAGGCGGCGAACGAGUCUGCGGUUUUGGACAUGGAGGACGAGGAAGACGAGGCAGCAGCAAAUGCUAAGAACGACAAAAACGCCGCUGGAACAAAGGUGGGCGACAACCAAGCCCCCGAUAGUCCGGUACCCGGCGCCUCCGCUGCCCCCGACAGUAGUUCCUCUGCGGCAGGGGGAGGAAACGAUGCGGCGGCCUCCUCCUCCUCCUCCUCCUCCCCGUCUUCCGGGGGUACGGCAGACCAACCCGGCGGCGGCACCGGAGGGGGAGGCAUGAAACGAAUGUCGAGCUUCACGCGGAAGAUGCUCCCGAAGCUCGUGGCCACGCGAGGGAGGCACAAGAUGGGCAGGGACAGGGGGCAGCCGGCGGCGGGGGCGGCCGCGGCGGCUGGUGCUGCUGCCAGACGGGGCGACGCAGGUGGGGCGAACGGGUCUACCGGCCACCAACGACCUCCGGACGUGCCGCCGCUGCCGACACCGGGGACGGCGGCAGCCGCAGGCGUCAAAGACGCCCGACAGGCACCGCCCAAGCCGCGCCCGCCGCCCCCGAGACAGCCUCCACCGUCUGCUCCGGCGGCGGCGGCGGCGCCAGCUACUACCGCUACUACAGCUACCACCGCUACCACCGCUACCACCGCUGACGCGGUGGACACUCAAGCCGCGGCGUUUACACCGACUACGUCGCCGGCCGCCAGGUUUACUCCCACCGCCUCCCCGGCGACGUUCACGCCCACCGCUUCUCCGGCUACCUUUACCCCGACAGCAUCUCCCGCGACUCGUACCGUGGGGGGUGCACCGGCGUUUGCACUCACGUCGUCUCCGGCGUCUAGGGCUAAUGUCGGUUUUCCUUCGGCGUCCGGGACUCCGCACAAUGCGGCGUUAUCGUUUACGAGGGGUCCUAGCCCUGGCAACGGCGCCGCAGGGGAAGAGAGGGGCGGGAGACUAGGUUCGGGUUCGGGUUCUGGUUCUGGUGCGGGUUCGUUUUCGUCUGCCGGUGUGGCUGCAGGGAGACCUUUGACGGGCUCUAGCGAGCAGCAGCAGCAGCAGCGGUUAGCCGGGGGGAGCGGACAUAGUGGGGACGCCAAUGGCGGCGAAAGAGGCGUUGGUACGGCACCGGGGGCUGGGUCUAUCGGUACCAGAGGUUCCGCGGAGGAGACGAGAGCAAGAAAACGCCAACGGGAAGAGCAAGAACAGAAGACACCGAGUCCGCACGACUACAUUCUCCCCGAUGGAUGGAUGGUGGCACGCUCGAAGAGAGAAAAUCGGGACUACUUCUUCAACAAGCGGAACAAUUCCACACAGUGGCAUCCCCCCGAAGGCAGUCGGCGAAGAAAUACGUAGCAGCUUGGGCGAAGAGUGGAGUAGUCCCUCCUCCCUGCUGUUGUCGACGUUAACAACAAGUUUUUUGUGCUGGCGGGCGGUGGCGCCGGGGAUGAAUGUAUGUCGGAUACUGCUCAUGUGCUGAUGCUACAGGUUGCUGACUUGUACAGUCGGGCGAAGCAUGCGAAUGUAGUUUUGAGGUUUUGGAGGGAGAUCUUGGAUCGAUCGAUCGAUCGAUCGGAAGGGUGGCCAACGACACGCAUGCCUUGCUUCCCUCAUGUAACUAACGCGGUGCGAGGAGCCUGCAGCGGUCAAGCUUAAAAUUUGUUGCUGACUUUUUUGUGUUCGAUGUAUCUAUGCCUUGUCAAGGUGACCAUCACGUCAAGGGCCAACGAAGCUGAACCUACUACAGACCGCCAUUUUCCCCCCUUCCUGUCGUCGAGUACUCUCUCUCUCCCAGCAUAAGCGUGUGGGACGGACUUUGAUCUGUGCGCAACCACGUUCUACUUGCCCUUGUGUGUUGUGUUGUGUUGUGGUGUGUGUGCGCCUGGUUCUCUGCAGGCAGUCGUUUGCGUACGUGCAGGUAUUGUUCAAGGAAGGCGUUUCAGUGCGACGCUGGGAAAGACUCCUGUUUACCCGUCGUCGCCUAAAAAAGUGCUAAAAACGUUCCUCACCCCGUGUACAGCUCUCUACAUAGUGGUAGCACUUG